ACUAAUGAAUUAAUCACACAAAUUGAGGGUAGCCCCACAGUAAUGAGAUACUCUAUCCUAAAAAGUAUCAAAGCUCAUCAUACGUUUUAUUAAACUUUCGAUAUACAAAGGAAAAUAAUAUUUGAAAUAAAUUGAUAGAUCCAGAUUUUAAUUAAGCCACAAAACAAUUUUCUUGCUCGAAAAUAAUUUAUUCAAAACAUUGAUUCACACAAUUACAUUUUUGAUGGUGUAUUUGAAGGUUAACAGUUGAAUCUGAGUUCUAGGCAUAUUUUUUUUAGUUUAAACCGCUUAAUGAUAGUAUAAUGAUUACAGUCGGAACAAUUUCAGUCGCACUGUUUGGAAAUUACAAUAAUUGUGAAUUUCCGUGCAUUUUUACUAUAUAAAUGUUGCAAAAUUUUUGGUAACCAUCAGAGGACAUCUAAACUUAUCAAGAGCUUGUGAAAUAAUCGAGUACAAAAUUCAAAAUGAAGGCUGUUUGCAUCGCUUUAGUAGCUCUAGCUAUCCCGCUAGUGUUGUGUUACGAUGAAAAAUUUGAUAAAGUCGAUGUCGAUAAAAUCAUUGGCGACGAUAAUCUUUUCACCGGUUACAUCAACUGUAUGCUCGACAAAGGGCCGUGCGAUUUGGAACAUUCUGAGGAGUUCAAAAAAAUUCUUCCUGAAGUGAUUGCAACUUCUUGCGCCAAAUGUACUCCAAUUCAAAGAAAUCACGUGAGGAAGACUGUGAAGGCCAUUGGAGAAAAGAGACCUGAUGAAUUCAAGAUCUUCAAAUCCAAGUAUGAUCCCAAUGGCCAACAUGAAGCAGCUUUCACGUCAUUCUUGAUCGGAACCGACUAAGUUAUGAUGUUAUGAAUACUAAGGGUUAUCCGCUGCGUGAUAGCUUUACGAGUAACUAGCAUCUCUUGCGCGUGUAAGAUGUGUCAACAAGACAGGUGUUACGAAGUGGAUACCCAAAACUCAACCAAGGCGUUACUUUAAUACUGACUAACUGAAUUUAACGACUAUGUGGAGCAUUACCUUAUUUUAGAUAAAUACAUUAAUAGCAAAGAAUCA